AUGGAGGUCGAUAGCGACGAUGUUAAUGAGUCCCUUAACCAAGGCGGUAUUUCUGUAUUGGUUCACCCUCUUGUAAUACUUAACAUUGCUGAACACUGGACAAGGGAGAAAUUGGCUCGAGAUUCCAUUUCCACUACUGUUCAUGGGGCUCUCCUAGGCAAGCAUAAUGGCCGAGAGGUUGAGUUGUUCAAUUCCUUUGAGAUAUUACUUAAUGAAGACAUGUCAGUUAAUUUGCAAUUUUUCGCUACUCGCGAAGGGCAGUGCAAGGUUAUAUAUCCCGAUCUGGACUUUGUUGGUUGGUACACAACGGGAGGGGUGAUUACGGAACAGGACAAACUUUUUAACUGCCAAAUGCAAGAUAUCAGUGAAUCUCUGCUAAUACUGAAACUUAACCCCGUUGAGAAGUUUGGGGAGCAUCUUCCCGUUCGUGUGUAUGAAUCAGCAGUUGCCAAUGAUGCUCAAGUUCUUUUCAGGCAGGUGCCCUUUACGCUUGUUCACGACGCAAUGGAACGCAUCGGUGUAGACCACAUUGCGCGCGCUUCUGGCUCAGCGGGUUCUUCAAACGAGACCUCUCUCACCGCCGAUUGCCUGCUCGGCAACUUCCAAGCCGUCCAGAUGUUCUCGAAGCGUCUCCACCUCAUUCGGGCGUACGUGGACGCUGUCAUCGCGGGCGAACUGCCGCCGAACUGGGCGCGUCUACGCGAGAUUCGCGCUCUUCUGAGUCGCCUUCCGCUGACCGUCGGGGCCAACGACGACCAGCAGUCCAAGUCGCGGCAGGCGCUGCUGCGUCAAGCCAACGACGUCUGUCUGACGGCCCUCCUUGGCGGUCUAACCCAGACCCUCUACACCCUCCACACGUGGCUUUGUUUGCAAAAAUCCACCUUCACUCACCUCUCUUCGACUCAGCGUAUGCGGGAGAAGAUCAAACCGUCGACUAUGUCGCACACCUUUGCCACGCCUCAGGAUGACUUACUUAUCUGA